AGACCUGUGCUUCCUGUUGCUGGUGUGGACGGUUUUCUCUACCCAUUUCCCAAGUAUUUUUAGAAAGUCACACUGGAGAGGGCAAAAUGCAGUUUGCUGUGAACUUCCAGAUCGGCCACAGUGACUCGGACAUUGCCUUCCACUUCAACCCUCGGUUUGAAGGCGAAGGGUACGUGGUCUGCAACACGAAGCAGAGAGGAUACUGGGGGUCGGAGGAGAGAAAGAUGGGAAAUCCCUUCAAGAGGGGGAUUCCCUUUGAGAUCCGCUUCCUGGUGCAGAGCUCCCAAUUCCAGGUGAUGGUGAAUGGAAAUUUCUUUACUCAGUACACACACCGCGUGCCCAUCCACCGCGUGGACACCAUCUCCUUCACUGGUGGUGUGGCGGUGAACCACAUCAGCUUCCAGCUGAGCUCCUUCCUGUUCCCACUGGGAGAAGGAAACACGGUCCAGUCCCUUCAGAAACCUUCCCCGCGGAAGAUGUGCGUCCUUCCCUCGGCCAAGUCCUGGACACGGAGCCUGGCCUCACGGGCCUUGUCAUCCAGGUGCCAAAUCAUGCUGGCCAAGCUCUCGUGA